CAGCAAUAGCAACAGCAUCAGCAAUAGCAAUACCAAAGCCAGCCUGCUUCGCCGAUCCGGUGCAUGAAUGAAGUUCACUAAAGGGGCAGACAGCAUUUUUGUACCUGUCAGGCAGCCAUAGAGUCGCAUAUGCAUAUUCCAUUGUAUUGGGACAAUGAGACAGUUGCUGCGGUGCUAUCCAAUCCAAUCCAAUCCAAUCCAAUUCAAUCCAAUCCACGAAAUUACCAUCACUGGGAGGUGUUUGCAGUCGCACACCAAGCAAAUACUAUCAUUUUCAAGCGGAUGCUUUUUCACCGCCGGAUUUAUACACUUCCUACUUGGUUUGUCAGUUUCGCACGCUGAGAGCUGUUCACCUGCUCCGGACUUGGGCCAAUGGAUUUUCGUGGGAGCGCUCAUGCUGAUGGCUACAGAUCUUGCAAUGUAUCCGGAGCGUUAUAUGCAUUUGCCCUACGCAAUUCAGUUUCUGGUGGAGGUGACCGGAUGUUUGGCUAUUCUCGAGUUUUUUACGGUCGUGGUGUGGUGCAAGCUGGAGUCCCUGAUCCAUCACACCAUACGGUUGAUGUCUUUAUCGUUGGGGAUGAGCGAUGACGGAUACCUAAACUGGGAGUAUUGGCUUCUGUUGUUCCCUACAGCGGCACUGGCUGGCGUUUUAUUUUGUAUAAUGAAGAUGGCUGUAAUACCACUCUUCGAUUUAAAGUCGGUCUAUAGAAAGCAAGUAACUCAAGUACAACUGGACAUGGAUGUUUACACGGACCUGGCUAUUAAGCAAAAACAACGAUUGAGAAGGCAGAAAUAUAUUUUAAAGAAAUCAUAAGGUCAUAACAAAUAAUAUACACAUUGAUUAUAAUCAAUAGUUUAAGUGUUAAAAUUUCAAGUGUAAUCUUUAAGGCUAAUGCAAUAAACAAUUUAUGUACAAU